GGGGCGGGGCCGCAUUCGAAACGGGCGGCGGGGAAGCGGCGGCCAUGGCGGCGCAGCAGCAGCUCGGCCGGGAGCACCAGGGCAUCACCCUGCGCGGCAGCGCCGAGCUCGUCGCCGAGUUCUUCUCCUAUGGAAUCAACAGCAUCCUGUACCAGCGGGGCAUCUACCCCCCCGAGACCUUCACCCGCGUGCAGAAGUACGGGCUCACCCUGCUGGUCACCACGGACCCCGAGCUGGCCAACUACCUCAACAACGUGACGGAGCAGAUGAAAGAGUGGCUGUACAAGUGCAUCGUGCAGCGCCUGGUGGUGGUCAUCUCCAGCAUCGAGAGCAGCGAGGUCCUGGAGCGGUGGCAGUUUGACAUCGAGUGUGACAAAACUGCAAAGGAUGACAAUGGACCACGAGAGAAAUCUCAGAAGGCAAUUCAGGAUGAAAUUCGCUCUGUCAUCAGACAAAUAACUGCCACAGUAACCUUCCUGCCACUCUUGGAAUCUGCCUGUGCCUUUGACUUGCUGAUAUACACGGACAAAGAUCUGGCAGUGCCAGAGAAGUGGGAAGAGUCAGGACCACAGUUCAUAGCCAAUUCGGAAGAGGUGCGGCUGCGUUCCUUCACUACCACAAUCCACAAAGUCAACACCACAGUGGCUUACAAGAAGGACCCUGCUCCCUAAGACACAGGGGAAGUUCUGUAUGUGUAAAUAUCACCUUGUAUAGUUUCUGUUCAUCAUGCAGCUAAGCCAUGAACAUAUCAUUACUGUGCCCUUGAUGAAGUAUGACACAAAGACAACGUACCUGUCUCUGAGAAUGUGACACUAGACUAAGCUCGGCAUCAUUUUCAGAGAUUUUAAAAAGGUAUUCAUGGUCAUAGUUCAAUUCUUGCUUUACUAAUGGUGUGUUAAACCACUGCCUCUGCUAGAAACACUGCCUAAAUCUAGGAUUAGCUGCUAGAAUUGUGUUCAAAUCCUGUAAUUUUAUAUUUUAAACUUAUUUUAAAACUGCUUCCUGUUAGCAGUCUUAAGUUCUCUGCAGCAACUAAAAUAAUCUCAUUCCUAGUGUGCCAGUUCUCAUGUUAAAAGCCUGGGCUGUUUUAUUACCAGAAAUAACCCUAAAAAGAAUCAACCAAGUAAUUCUUGUACCUCUCUACAAUGGAAGCAGCUGUGUAUCAGGAAAACUUUAAACACAUGAAGCCUUGUAUUUUAAUGACUACUGGGCUCUACUACUGGGACAGAGGUCUUCCGUGUAUGUUUGUAGUGUCUGUCCAGCAUUUUCUGUGUUUGUUUUCUUGUUUUACAGAAUAAAGCUUCAAGUUUUAUAGUAUUCUCUAA